AUGGAAGGGCUGCAGAGGAGCAGAUAUGGAACCAUGGCUGAAGGUGGGAUAGAACAUCAGGGCUUUGAACCUUUCUCCUCCUUGAGGAUCAUCCUGGUAAGCAAAACAGGCAGCGGGAAUAGUGCGACCGGGAACAGCAUCCUCUGCCAGCCCAUGUUUGAGUCCAAGCUGGGGGCCCAGUCGGUGACCAGGAAGUGUCAGAGAGCAACAGGCACGUGGAAUGGGAGGAGCAUCCUGGUGGUGGACACGCCCCCCAUCUUUGAGGCCGAGGCCCAAGAUCAAGAGGUGUAUGAGAAUAUCGGAGCCUGUUACUUGCUGUCGGUGCCAGGGCCCCAAGUGCUGCUGCUGGUGACCCAGCUGGGGCACUUCACCGAGCAGGACAUGGUGACCGUGACCAGCAUGAAGGAGGUAUUUGGGGCAGGAGCUGAGAGAUACAUGGUCAUCGUCUUCACCCACCAGGAGGACUUGGCGGGCGGAUCCUUGGAUGAGUACGGGGCAAACACAGACAACCUCAGGCUGAGGAGCCUGGUCCGGAAGUGCGGGUGGAGAUGCUCCAGCAGAUGGGAAGUGGCACCCAUGGAGAAGGUCAGAGGCACUACCUGGACAAGGCACGGCUGCAGGUUGCAAAGCAAAAGCAGGAGCUGAAAGAGGCCGAGAGAAACUGAGCCUUCAAGGCGCUCCUCCGACUCAAAGCCUGGAUCA